AGAAAGAAAAAAAAAAUGACUUUCACCAUUGAGAUCAAGAAAACAUUUGAAGAAAGAUCCGAAAGAGUAAAAUCAAUCGACUUGCAUCCUACCCAACCAUGGGCCUUGUUAGGUUUAUAUUCGGGUAAAGUUUCUAUCUGGAAUUAUAACUCUCAAACAACAGAGAAGUCUUUUGAAGUCGCUAAGUCUCCUGUACGAACUGCAAAAUUUAUAGCACACAAGGAAUGGAUAAUCGCGGGGGCUGAUGACGGUUUGAUACGUGUAUACAACUAUAACACAAUGGAUAGCGUUGUAGAAUUUGAGGCACAUUCGGAUUUCCUUAGGUCCUUGGCUGUGCAUCCGUCUCUUCCAUACGUACUUUCUGCAUCCGACGACAAACUUAUAAAGCUAUGGGAUUGGGAGAACGGAUGGAAAUGCACAAAAACAUUUCAAGGACAUGAACAUUAUGUCAUGAAAGUUGCAUUUAAUCCCAAAGACACCAACCUAUUUGCAAGUGUAUCACUUGAUUGUACCCUCAAGUAUUGGAACCUUGGUGCUGUGGAUCCAAGUUUGUCAAUUGAAGCUCAUUCCAAAGGAGUGAAUUGGGUGGAAUUUUUUGAGAAUGAUGAAAAAUUGUAUUUUGUCACAGGAUCUGACGAUUACACAAGCAAGGUUUGGGACUACGAAACUGCAGCUAGUGUUCAAACACUUGAAGGCCACACAAAUAAUGUUACAUCCAUUCAAUAUGUUCACUCUGACACAAGUUAUAUCAUUACUGGAUCUGAAGACAAAACUGUUAGUAUUUGGAAUGCGGAAACUUACAAAGUAGACCAUGUGUUUACCUCUGAACUUGGUCGCGUUUGGACUAUCGGAUUUAUAAAAGACUCGUCACGGGUUCUACUUGGUUGUGAUGAAGGAAUAAUCAUGUGUGAAGUCAUCUCUACUCGUUCUUAAGCAAAUCAUGAUCGAAUCCUUUUAUGUAUGGUGAUAUGUUACUCACGAUCUCGUCCUUGCAUUACGCCUUGUUCUUUAUGUUGUUUAUUAGAAUGUCGUUUCAAAUCGUUGAUCAAUAUGUAUUAUGUGUCCUAUACUCCUAUUCUGUUCUAUGUAUGUCUUACUGUCUUAGAAUAUAUUGUACCUGUAUGACUUUUUAAGUUAUGCACUUUGUAUCCUACAUAUAAUAAAAGAUAAGAAAGUUAAUACGUUA